AUGGAAGCGGUAAUGGUGUCUGGAAAACCAGAGGUCCCUGGCAUCGCCAUACAAUGCGAGCUGAUUUCGCCCAAAGGACACUAUCCCAAGCUCUACACAUUCGACAUACAGGAUGUUCAAGUUCGUCGAGGCUUGGUGCGCCGUUUCUACGCAAUUUUAAUUGUCCAGUUGGCCUUCACUUUGCCGUGCAUUGAAGUGCUGCUGGUGUAUCCCUUGCCAUAUUUCGGUUUAACUUCCACCAUAUCCUUUGUGAUUAGCUGUUCCUUGUAUAGUUGCUUCUACGUUUGGCGCGACUGGCGACGACAAGGUCCUGGCAACUAUUUCGUUCUGAUUCUAACCACGGUGAUUGGUUCCUUCAACCGUAGCUUGUAUCUCAUGAGUUUGGUUCGCAAUCGCUGGGUCUACGUCUAUCCCAUAAUUCUGAUCCUGGAAAUUCUGGCCCUCAUCCUGUACUCGGUGCAGGAGAAGUUCCGGUUCACCCAGAUACGCGGAAUAUACGUAAUAGGACUGGUGUUUGGAGUCUUCCUUCUGCUCGCCUACUACAGCGGCUGCAUGAUGGAGGUGUUCUCGGGCAUGGCCUGCGCCUUCGAGGCCUGGUACGUCAUCUACGACACCCACUUGAUGAUGUGCGGCCGGCACGGCUACCAGUUGAAGCCGACAGAGUACGUGUUUGCCGCCUGCAACAUCCACUGUGACGUCCCCUACGGACUGUGGCGACUAAUUAAGAUGCUCUUCAUCAACAAAGUCAUUGAAGCCAUUCGACUGCUUCGUGAUUGCUUUCGAUCGGAAGUGUGCUAG